AUGGCGUCCAUCCCAGCUGUGCUCGCUGCUUUGAGGCAAAUUGAGUUUCCAGACAAAGAGGCAGUUUGGAAUUUGUUUCAGAACCUUGGCCGGAAACAUCAGAAGAAGUUCCCUGGCUACAAGUUUCUUCAUCGUGGAGGCCUCUCCUCACCAUAUGUGCGAUAUGUAACAGAUGCAGAUGUGAUUUUUAACAACCAGAACGGAGUCCUGGUGACCGUGCAGGAUUUCGAUGUUCUUAGCAGCCUUGCGCUGCAGUUGUUCGACCGUAGUAUUUAUGCUGCGCGAAUUGCCCGAGACGGAGCGGAACUUCUGGAUGAAGAGAUCAAUGAUUUGAGAGCAGUCCGAUCUGUGGUUGAACAAGGCUGUGAUGUGGCAACCUUGGUAGGUAUCUUCACACUACGGAAUGGUUGGUGCGUGCCUGUGGAUUUGACUUUACAAUGUGGUGAAUCAGAUAUGGCAAAGGACGAAAGAAUCAAUCGUAUCCUUGGCAACUUGGAGAACCUGGACUUUGCAAAGGUGAUCUCUCGAAUUCGUGCUAUUCUGCCGAAGAACGACAAAGCCGAAUUUGCUGAAGCCUGGAACAGCUCAGGUGGUGCCUUGCGGUUCUUGGUAAAGCAAAUCCACAUCAGCAAUUACAUGUCAGAGGCACAGCAGUAUCAAUAUUUGCGCAACUACCUGCAUCUUUUCGGAGCCCACCCAGAUGAUUGGGCCAAUGUAGCGGAAGUGGAAAUGCAGCGCCGUGCUUUAACCCACCUAGAAUCAUACAAGUCUUUGAUUCAACGUGCCACCGGCGAGAGGAGAAAUGAGGUUUGGUUUGCUUUCGAAGAAGCGAAGCAACAGUUUCAGGAGGACCACCAUGGGCGACACGGUCCCAUUAGCUCCACACAGUCGCAAGGUGGUUACUACAUCGGUCCAUUGGAUAAAGCCGGACAAGCUCAGUGGGGAGAUGUGGGGCCCGGUCGCGUUCUGUGCGUGAAUGCACACCAGCGCUGGAUUGAAGAAUAUGGGCAUCUCUCAGACAUCCAGGUGGGCGGAGGUCACCUUUUUGACCGUCGAUCAGAGCUUCAAAUUGACCUCAUCACUUUGUCGUCAAUCCCACAGGUACUCUCCGAUAAAGUCUAUCUGCCGUUGGUUAGGAAGCCAAACAUUGCCGAGGUCAAUCCAAAGACCAUUCAGAUCGCCCGGAGUGCCACGGCUUUGCCACAUUUGCGACUCACAGGGACAGGCAUCCACACAGGCCUCGAUGGGUGCUGCACUAUCUCUACAGACCAAGCUGUCGGUUCUCCCAAAGAAGAUCGACUCAAGGUCUUGACGCGACCUACCUGGCUGUAUCGUUGGCCUGGUGCCCCUCCCAAAAGUUGGCGUCGUACUGCGAAAGCCGAAGGCCCCUUCUCAGCCCGAUGCGAGAUGCCUUCUGACGUGGUGGAGAUGGUUGGCCGCAGGUUGUUUGUGACCUAUUCGCCCAACUGCCAUCAGUUUCCAGUACAAGGUCAUUGGGUGGACCUGGUUGUUGCACCGACCAUCCAGCGGAUUUGGCCUUCCGAGGUGAUUUUUGACGCAACUCAACCAACCAGGGUCACUGCGACUGGAAUAGGCUUCAUUGGCGAUUUGCGUCUUCGGAUUGCCGGCCGCCUGGCGACCGGGCUCCAGGUGCACAACGACUCGGCAAUCUCCUUUGUGCCGCCUGCUCCACCUUUGCGAUCUCCGGAUGAUGCUAGCGAGGCAUGUGACUCAUAUGAAGCAGAUCCGGAGAACAGUCGAACAGUCACUUUACUUUAA